AUGUCGUGGUGCACCAUCGAGUCUGAUCCCGGUGUUUUCACCGAGUUGAUUCAGGAGAUGCAAGUAAAAGGUGUACAGGUGGAGGAGCUUUACUCUCUCGAUGUGGACUCUCUUAGUCAACUACAGCCAGUAUAUGGGUUAAUUUUUCUCUUCAAGUGGAUGCCUGGAGGAAAUGAUGAACGGCCUGUUGUCAGCGACCCAAACCCAAACCUGUUCUUUGCUCGCCAGGUGAUCACGAAUGCAUGUGCCACUCAAGCUAUCCUCUCAAUCCUCAUGAACCGCCCAGAAAUCGACAUAGGUCCAGAGCUAUCAAACCUGAAGGAGUUCACAGGGGCUUUCGCGCCUGACAUGAAGGGCCUGGCUAUCAACAACAGCGACUCCAUCCGGGCUGCCCACAACAGCUUCGCAAGGCCAGAGCCAUUCGUCUCCGAUGAGCAGAAAGCCGCCACCAAGGACGACGAGGUCUACCACUUCAUAAGCUACAUACCAUUCGAGGGCGUUCUGUACGAGCUGGACGGGCUGAAGGAAGGGCCGAUCAGCCUGGGGCAGUACACGGGCGGGCCCCAGGACCUCGGGUGGCUGCAGAUGGUGCAGCCAGUGAUCCAGGAGAGGAUCGAGCGCUACUCACAGAGCGAGAUCAGGUUCAACCUCAUGGCCAUCAUAAAGAACAGGAAGGACGUGUACACUGCCGAGCUGAAGGAGCUGGAGAAGAAGAGGGAGCAGAUCCUGCAGGAGCUGAGCAACGAGGCCACAGCCGCCGCAGAAAAGGAGCCCCUGAACGGCGCGCUGGCGGAGGUGGCGUUGGCGGUGGAGGCCGUGGGCGAGAAGAUCGCGAUGGAGGAGGACAAGUUCAGGAAGUGGAAGACGGAGAACGUCCGGAGGAAGCACAACUACAUCCCGUUCCUGUUCAACCUCCUCAAGGCGCUGGCGGAGAAGAAGCAGCUGACGCCGCUCGUCGAGAAGGCCAGGCAGCAGAAGGCCCCCGCCGCUGCCGGCGCCGCCGGCGCCAGCACGAGCUGA